AUGAUCAUUUCAACAAGAAGCUUAUUUUUGCUUGCAAUUUUAUCUUUUGUUUUUAUUCAAACUACUUUUGCAAGUGUCUUUUCUCAACUUCAAUUUAUUAAAAUCUCAUCACCAAAGAGUGGACAAGAUAUUACUGCUGGUGAAAAAGUUGUGAUUAAAUAUGUCAUGCAACCCCUUAUUAAAGAUAAUGUCGCUGCUGGUAAAGCUUUAAAGUUGAGUAUUAAUUUUCAUAAAAGAUCUGGAAAUAAAAAGCAAGAAAAAAUUAGAACCGUUUUUAGUUCAUGUCCCAUUGCUGCUAAAGAAGAUAAAUAUGUUACUUAUUCAAAGAAAUGGACUGUCCCUAAGAACACCACACCAGGGUCUUAUGCUUUUGAUUUCCAAGAAUUAGUGCAACUUCGUCGUGGUCAAAUGGUUGCUAUUGAAACUGUCAAAUUCUUUACUGUUCCUCAUAUAUGUAUUUCUGGAGAAACAUUAUCUUCAACAGAAUAUUUUGUUCGCGCUGGUGGAAAAGGAGCAAAUCAAUCAAUUGCUUUUGCAAAAGCUGGAGGACGCGUUUAUCAUGCUGGUAAUUUUGGACAUGAUGCCGCAUGGAGAAAUGGGCGCGCAUUUAUUCAAGUAAGUAAAGAGACAGGGGAUAACUGUAUUGUACUUUAUCCGGGAACAAAUGGUACAAAUACACCCGAAGAAGCUGCAGAAGUUUUAAAUUCCUUUGGUCCCGGUGACUGGCUUGUUCAACAAAAUGAAAUUAGUCAUGGUGGUGACAUCAUGAAGCUAGCUGCUGAGAAGGGUCUAAAUAUUCUCUUUAAUCCUGCACCUCUUACAAAGGGUAUUUUAAAGGAUUUCCCAUUUGAUAAAGUGACCAUUCUUGUUGUAAAUGAACAUGAAGCAAAGGCUUUAUAUGAAGAGCUUGGUGGAAAGAAAGAUAUAAAAGGACUAGAAUUAGCAGCAGAAAUGUUGACUAUUUUUGAUUCAAUGAAAGGCAUUAUCAUUACUUUAGGUGGCGAAGGUGUUGUUGCGAAAUUUAAAGAGGAGAGUAAAGUUCAUGAUUUUAAAAUUCCCAGUAGAAAAGUAAAUGUUAAGGAUACUACUGCUGCUGGAGAUACUUUUGUUGUAAGUAAAAAAAAAAAAAAAAAAAAAAAAAAAAAAAAAAAAAAAAAAACGGCGGAAAAUAGAAAAUAUUUAUAA